AUGAUGAGAAUCCGAUCCCUCGUCCUCUCCUCGAACCCUUCGGCGAGCCACUCUUCCACGGCCGACUGCAGCUCCCGGGCUUUGAUCACCCAUAUAAUCGGGCGCCCCGAGGCCUCCAGUCCCAGCCCGAGCUCCACCAGCUGA